UGCAGGAGUUACUUCUUACCAUUUUGCACAAAACUUUAAACAGAAAAUAAAAAAGUCAUUCUCCUGCAAGAUAAAGAAGAGGGAGUUUAGAAAAUGAGUGUCCAGAGAAGGAGCUGAAAUAAGCAGGAUCAAUCCUGGGUGCUGUCUGCUUUGUGAAAUGGUUAAAAUCAUGCAAGAGAGAGCUUACGAAUUUCAAUUGGGUUACUUUAUUCUUCAUAUUACUUUUAAAUUUAUACUCAUUGACUCGACGGCACUGCGUGGUUUGGGUAAUGCUAUUUCAACUUAGAAUUUUUUUUUUCCCCCAGCUCUGAUGGAAUUCAGAAGAAAUUUAACCAUGAGAAACCAUACAAAGGUGAAAACAUUUAUUCUUGUAGGACUAACCACUGAUCCAAACUGGCAAAUUGUAAUUUUCCUUUUACUAUUUCUAACAUAUUUAUUGAGUGUCACUGGAAAUCUGACCAUUGUCCUGCUCACGCUAUUGGAUUCCCAACUCAAAACACCCAUGUAUUUCUUCCUUCGGAAUUUUUCAUUUUUAGAAAUGUCAUUCACAUCCGACUGGAUCCCCAGGUACCUGCUCAGCAUAGUGACUAAGAAUAAAACGAUUUCCUAUGAUGCUUGUAUGACACAAUUGUUUUUUGCCAUUUUCCUGGGCGCAUCAGAGUUUUUCCUGUUGACUGCCAUGUCCUAUGAUCGCUAUGUGGCCAUCUGCCAACCCCUUCACUAUGUGACGAUCAUGAACAACAGAGUCUGUACCCAGCUGGUUGUUACCUCUUGGUUGGGUGGGUUGUUAGCAAUCUCUCCUGGGCUUAUCUUGUGCUUGAGGUUGGAAUUCUGUGAUGCCAACAUUAUUGACCACUUUGGCUGUGACUAUUCUCCUGUCCUGAAACUCUCCUGCUCAGACACACGGUCCAUAGAAUUGUUAGGUUUUAUUUCAGCCAUUGUCAUACUGCUGAUUACGCUGGCACUGGUGAUACUCUCCUAUGCAUAUAUUCUGAGAACAAUUCUGAAGAUCCCCUCUGCCCAGCAGAGGAAGAAGGCUUUUUCCACCUGUUCCUCUCACAUGAUUGUUGUCUCUAUCUCUUAUGGCAGCUGCAUUUUUAUGUAUAUGAAACCUUCUGCAGAAGAGAGGGUCGCUUUAAACAAGGGGGUAGCAGUGCUCAACAAUUCAAUUGCACCUCUCUUAAAUCCUUUCAUAUAUACCCUAAGAAAUAAGCAAGUAAAACAAGCCCUGAAGGACAUGAUUAAAAGACGUAUAUUUAGUACUUAA